AUGUUAGGCCGCUAUGGGCUGAAGACAUAUGUCACCCCCAGUGAAUCCUGGGAUUGCAGCCAAAGGAAGAAGGCAUGCAGGACAGUGGUUCAGGCCGACAUAGUGUUUCUGGUGGAUGAGUCCUGGAGUGUGGGUCAUAGAGACUUUUCCAGAGUCAAAGACUUCAUCACAGCCAUCAUCUCCUCCUUUCAGGACAGUGUGGUCGGAGCUGAUGGGGUCCGUUUUGGAGUCACUGUCUUUGGGGAUGUUCCAAGGAUGCGGAUUGCUUUGACAGACUACAGUUCCCUUGAGGAGGUACUCAGAGCCAUCAAAGACCUUCCCUAUGAGGGUGGAUCCAGGAGGACUGGCAUGGCACUCCAGUUUCUGGUCGACUCUGUUUUCAGCCCCGUCAUCAGGCGGGAUUCUGCCCCAAAGAUUGUUGUUUUGAUCACAAAUGGACAGUCGGACGACCAGGUCAAUGUUUCAGGCAGAGCAGUAGCAGACAAUGGAAUUACUGUCUUUGCAGUAGGCCUCACGGGGGCUGAUGAGGCAGAGCUUAGGAGGGUUGUGUCGGAGCCAUAUGCUGAGCAUCUAUUGCCGGUCACUGAUUUCUCUACCAUGGACACCAUCCUCCCCAAACUGUCCCGCAGAGUGUGCCUCACUGCCUCUGAACCCCCACGCCCUGUGAAAAUUUCCCAGCCUAGUGAGGAACGUGUGGUGGGUCCCAGAGACCUUCAGGUUAGCGAACUGGCCCACAGUUCUCUUAGACUGACGUGGAGCCAGGCCACGGGUGAUGUCACCGGAUAUCGCCUCCUGGUCAUUCCACUCAGCUCAAAGGGACAACUCCUUUCUGUGCAGCAGAGGCAGAUGGAUCUGAAGGCAGAUGUGAGCACAGCCAUGGUGACAGAGCUGAGUCCAAAAACCGACUAUUCCCUCACCGUCUAUGCCAUGUACCCAGGCCUCAUAGGAGACUCUGCGACAAUCAAAGUAAAGACAACGCCUUUGCCCGAAGUUUCAAACUUCCGUGUUAUUGAGGAGGGCCUGUUCUCCCUGCGCCUGGGCUGGACACCCCCUCAGGGGAAGCUAAAUGGAUUCAAGAUCUUCAUCCCGAGAUCCAACAGACCAGGAUUCAUUUAUGAGCAGCUGCUUCCCAGAGACAUCUCCUCUCAUGUGAUUGACAGUCUGGAGGAGGAUAAGAAGUACACUGUCAGUAUUUAUGCUGUGUACCCCGAAGGACCAAGUAAACCGGUUUCAGUAGUGGGGAAGACAUUGAAGUUGGUGCCAGUUCAUCAGUUUCUGGUCCAAAAUGCCACCACAGACACCGUUCAAGCAAGGUGGGCAUCAGUUAGAGGUGCUACAGGAUACCGUUUGACAUGGGCAUCUACAGAAGGCCACAUAGAAAACAUAAACCUCGGGGACAAUUUUAACUUCUACAUGAUACAGGGCCUUCACACAGGCUCUGAGUACACCAUCACCAUCAACCCCAUCUUUGGAGACAUUGAGGGGCCUAUCACCACUGCGAAAGUCAAGACACUGGAAAGUAGUUCAGUACAGACUCUGAAAGUAUCUGCUGUGAGCACAAGUGCUGCAGUCGUCUCAUGGAACAGUGUCCCGGGGGCUACAGGAUACAGAUUGGCAUGGAGACCCACCCCAGAGUUUGUUGGUCGGGAUCGUCCCAGGCAAUUGGCUCUGAACAGCAGCACUACACAGUACCAGCUGAAAAAUGUAGCCCAUGAUACGGAGUAUGUCCUGACUCUUUAUGUGCUGUUUGGCUCUGCGGUUGGACCUGGCAUCACUGUCACCUUCAGAACUUCUCCUUUGGGUUAUGUCUCUAACUUCAAGGUGACAUCCUACACAAGCACCAUUAUAGAUGUGGCGUGGAGUCCCAUCGUUGGAGCCACCGAGUACAAACUCUCAUGGAAAACAGAUAAUAGCAAACCCCAAGUCCAGUACCUGGAUCGUAGCAUCCUCUUCCAUCGUCUCAAAGACCUGAAUCCACAGUCUACCUACACAGUCACCAUCUGUGCAGUGUAUGGCAACUCAGAGGGACCAGAAAUCUCCUUAUCUCAGCUCACAGCUGCAGUGUCAGAGUCAGAUCCAAUCCAGGCAGUGAGGGAGGUGAAGGUUGAGGACAUUGGAGUAAAUUCCUUCACACUAUCUUGGAAAAAAGCACCAGGGGCUUCUGGAUACAAAAUCUCUUGGAUCCCAUUUCUUGGGGGGGAUGAGAAGUCCCAUGUGGUAUCGGCUGAUUCUGCUUCCUACACCAUCCGCAACCUGCGAGAGAGCUCGGCUUACAAGAUCCAGGUGUCCUCCAUGGUGGGCAGCAGGGAAGGAAGCGCUGUCCUGGUCACAGCACGUACCUUGGAUCUUCCAAAAGUAGAAGGAUUUGCUGCUUUGAAUACAACAGACAACAGUACUGUUCUGAACUGGACACGCGUAGCUGGUGCCUCAGGAUAUCGCCUCUCCUGGAGGCACAUCUCAGUGUUUGACACAAAAACAGAAAUCCUUGGCCCUGGUUUCACCUACUAUAAGAUCAGUGAUCUCUUGUAUGGCAGAACAUAUCUUUUCACCAUCAGACCUUUGUAUGGAGAAGUGGAGGGGCCUAUAAGCACCAUGUAUCAGAGAAUAUUGGGACCAGCUUGCCCAGCGUUAACAGUCCAGCCUGUGCCACCUACAGUGCCCCCCCAUUCCCCUCCUAUCACUGGGGACUCCCAGACUCCCUCUAUCAUCAACACAACCACUGCUCAAUCACCCAUGAGGACCACCUGGCACCCUGAUGUUGUGCUUCCAACUGAGUCCUUAACAACCAAGAAGCCCCACGUUCAGCCAAGUGUCACUGAGGGCAAGGCAGGAGCAGUCACAUCCUUUCGAUUAACCACACUGAGUAGAGUGACAGAGAAAAAAACACCACCACAACCAGUGUGCGGUAAGACCAAAGCAGAUAUAGUAUUCUUGGUGGAUGAGUCGUCGAGCAUUGGCACCGACAACUUUAGGAAGAUGAAAGACUUCAUAUUUCGAGUGGCUACAUACUUCCCCGUAAUUGGUUCACAAGGCACGCAGAUAGCUGUGGUUCAUUACAGCGAUGAGCCUCGCAUUGAAUUCCGCCUUAAUGACUUCAAAGACAGAAACUCUGUGCUCAGGGCUCUCAGAGCGCUGCGUUAUGGAGGGGGCAACACCAAAACCGGAAAGGGAAUCAGCUAUGUUCUGCAAGAACUGUUUCAGGAGGCUCAUGGGAUGAGGCAGGAUGUACCCCAUGUUCUGGUUUUGUUUACGGAUGGCAAGGCCCAGGACAAUGUGGUGCCGCCCUCCAGAAUUGCACGCGCCUUGGGGGUCAGCGUCCUGGCAGUUGGAGUUUCGAAUGCAGAUCAUGAAGAACUGAAUAAAAUUGCAGCUCCUACCAGCUACAAAAACAUCUUCUAUUCACCAACUUUUGAUGAUUUUCCCUCCGUGGAGAGAGAAUUUAUCAGAAGCCUCUGUAGUGACGAACUCGUCACAGAGUUCAAACUACAAGAUGAGGGUGCUCAGCUAGACACCCCCACUGAUGACCCAGAGGAGAUGCUUAAGCCCGAGGGUCCAUGCCUAACUCAGUGCAUGAAGGGCCAAAAAGGGGAAAAGGGAGACAGUUUGGGUCUUGGUCUGAGAUUCAGACAAAGCCCUGGAGAGUUUGAUCCUUUCACAUCGUCAAAAGGAGAGAAAGGAGAAAGGGGACUUCCUGGAACUGACGGUGUUCCUGGUUUGCCAGGUCGCCCAGGAAGAACUGGACCACCGGGUUCUGCUGGCCAACGGGGCCCUACAGGUGUUCCAGGUGACAUGGGUCCACCUGGGCUUCCUGGUCCAAAGGGACAGAGAGGAGAAAGAGGAGAGCCGGGAUACGUUAUAGCUGGUACAGAUGCAAAUUUUGUGCCCGGACGAAAAGGAGAGCCAGGCUCCUCAGGUCCCCCAGGACCUCCCGGUCUUCCAGCGGUCAAUGGAGCUCCAGGUCUGCCUGGUCAGCCAGGAUCACCGGGGCCACCAGGAACAGCUGUCAAGGGAGAUCCCGGAGAGCCGGGUACAAAAGGCUUACGUGGGAAGCAGGGCGUGAAAGGAGACAAAGGAGAGCCGGGAAAAGAUGGCAUUGCAGGUUUGCCUGGUCCCAUUGGUGUCGAUGGGGGACCAGGACUGCCAGGCCAGAAAGGAGAAAAGGGUGAGGAGGGAGUUGGCAUACAAGGUGUUCAAGGUCCUCAUGGAGAGAAAGGAGAGAAGGGAGAUAUUGGAUUAGCAGGACCAGUUGGCCCAAAGGGUGAGCGUGGAGAGCAGGGCAUCCAGGGAAUCAUUGGACCUCGGGGAAAAAAGGGAAUGAAAGGGGAGCAAGGAGACAAGGGAGACCAAGGAGAGGUGGGACCAAUAGGACCACAAGGACCCCCAGGGCCGACAGGACCGAUGGGAUUAAAGGGAGAUGAAGGUCCAAGAGGACCUGCUGGAGACCCGGCAAAGGGUAUAAUUGGUCCAGCUGGGAAAAAGGGGGCCAGGGGAGACAUCGGUCCAGUUGGUUCCACAGGCCCUCAGGGAAUAAAGGGAGAACAAGGAGACAAGGGAGAAAAGGGUAGUCCUGGUUUUGGGAUUCCAGGACAGCAGGGGCAGAAGGGAGAAAAUGGAGAAAGGGGAAAUGUUGGUUUAUCAGGAAAACCAGGACAAAAGGGGAAAGAUGGCUCUAAAGGUGAAAAAGGGAGCAUUGGAUUACCUGGCAAUCCUGGAGAACCGGGAUUAAGAGGUAAAGAUGGUGCACCUGGAGCUAAAGGAGAACCGGGAAUGAAGGGUGAACAAGGAGCAGCUGGAGAGCCUGGUGAAAGAGGAAUCAGGGGUCCAUUGGGAUUACCAGGAAAACCAGGUGACACUGGAGAAAAAGGUGACCCUGGCAAGCCUGGCCCACCUGGUGCCGAUGGCAAAAAAGGUGACAAAGGAGAGGCGGGAAAGCCUGGACCUCCGGGAACACAAAUUGGUUCAGACAACAUACUGACCAGAGUAAUUAAGGGUGAUCCUGGAGAGCCAGGUCAGCCAGGUUUGCGAGGAGAAAUGGGCCCGCCUGGGCCACAAGGUCCAGAGGGGAAACCUGGAUUGCCAGGACAGUCUCUGGGUGGUUCUGGAAGAGAUGGAUUAGAUGGCUUACCAGGAAAACCAGGAAUGAAGGGUGACCAGGGACAGAAAGGAGAGCCUGGUCCGAAAGGAGAAAAAGGAGAUCAAGGCCGUGUUGGGAUUGCUGGGAUGCCUGGCUUACCGGGGACUCCUGGGAGACCUGGCAUUGAUGGGAAGAGGGGCCUGCCAGGAAAAGAUGGAGAAAGAGGACUCAAAGGAGAUGACGGCAAGAAGGGGGACAAGGGAGAUGCAGGUGCUGAUGGUAAAGAUGGUAGUAAAGGCGAACCAGGGCUUCCAGGUUUGCCUGGGAGGCAGGUGCUUGUCACUCCUGAGGGUGCUACCAUUGAUGAAAUCCGACAAGCAUUCCCAAUGCCAAUGGGUCCUCCAGGACCUACUGGUUCUCCAGGAUUGAAGGGUGAUAAAGGAGAAAGAGGCCUGAAAGGAGAAAAGGGUGACGCUGGAGCUCCAGGAAAAUCUCUUGAGAUGAAGGACAUUGAGACAAUGUUUGAAGCCUACGGUAUAAAGCUUCCUUUGCUGAAGGCUUUGAUUGACAGGUUGCUGCAGGAUGGCAUAGAGGAGCUGCUUCAUGUGCUCAGCAACUCCAAGAAAACAAAAGAAAACACAGAAAGGCACAACUCCAACGUCAUCACUGACUACACAAGUUCGGAGAAAUUUGACGUCACCAGCAGGCCUCUGUCAAAAGGGGACACUUUUGAGGACACUGAUGUAGACGGCCAGCCUCCUGAAUCUUUCUUGGUUGACCCUUUAAAUGAAACUGCAGAGGAUCCAACUUUAUGGACCGUCAACACACUGAAUUCAGAACCGGAGCAUGAUACAAUUGAGACCAAUUUAAAGGAGACAGUAGACAGUACUGAAACUUCCUUCAAAGUUAAUCUGACUGUAGUCAAUUCUACUUCCAAUUAUACAAUGACCAAUGAGGAGGACUCACUGAAGAAGAAUUCAGGACAAAAGAAGAAGAACAGGGAACGUGGGAAAGGCAAAGGAAAUAAAGGACGACAUAGGAGGCAGAGACAACGCUUGACAAGUGAAGAGGCCAGGCAAGACGAAGAAGACGAGUUUUAUAACGGCGAAGAUUACAGUUAUGAAUACGAGGAAGAACUUACCACAAUUGACCCCUUAAUCCCUCGGGACUUUGGGGAAAACAGACAGCUUGAAGUCCAAACAGAUGAAUUUCCCCAUCCAGUGGAUGAUAAGGAACAAUUGCCCACACCCAGUCCUGCCCAGGUUGAGACCUUAAGUCAACCUAUAACAGUCUUCUCAGACAGAGAAACGGAUGCACAGGUUAUCUUGCCAACCACAGAGUCACCCUCUCGACCCUCUGAUGAUAUAGAGAAGUCUACACCUCCUGCGGCAACAGAAGAACCAGAUCAGGCUCUGUGGGAGAUGGAAGUGCCUCAACCUGAAAUCAGGGUGAAAAGAGGUGUAUUUUGGCCUGACACCAUGGUGUUCAUGCCAGGUGCCCCAGGAGGACGAAAUCGGUUUAAGAAGGCACAGCAACACAUCUCCUCUGGAGCUCAGGGUUACAAAAUCUGGAGCAAGGACGAAAAAGAAAAUCCAGGCCUUCAGACACAUAGCAGGAGUGAGAGACAAGAAGCACGAGAGAGACAGAGAUACAUCGAUACAGAGGUUCCCACAGAAAUAAUAGGUGGAGGAGAAGAACAGACAAAAGCAGAAGUGGAAGAUUGGGGAAUGGAAAAAGAGAAAGAGUUAAUGCCUGAUUUAAAACCAGUCCCUGAUCCAGUCUAUGAGGAGGAGGAGAGAAGUGGAGACUAUGACUGGGAGACAGAGGAAGGUGUAGAUCAAGAGAAGGAAGAAGAGGAGGAGGACUUGGAGAUGGAGAGAGAGAGGGAUAGGCUGGAGAUGGAGAGAGAAAGACAGGAACUGGAGAAAGAGAGGGAGGCUGAGCAGGAGAGGGAAAAAAUGGAAAGCGAAAGAGAGCUGGAGCGGCAGAGGGAGGAAUGGGAGAGGAUGAGGGAGGAGAUGGAGAGGAGGAGAGAGGGAAAUUAUGAUGAAGAAACUGGACUGCCGUACCCAUAUCCCCCGGGGUAUUAUUUACUGAAAGGACAGCCAGGUGAAAAUGGAAAACCAGGACAAAAGGGUGAAAUUGGUGAAAAGGGACAAAAGGGGGAGCCGGGCAUCGGUCACAGAGGGCCAGAGGGUCAGGCUGGUCCUCCUGGACAGAAGGGUGAGCCCGGCGAGCCAGGUCCUCCAGGUGCUCAGGGCAUUCAGGGAAUCUCUGGCAAUCCAGGCAUCCAGGGCCCCACAGGUCUUAGGGGUCUUCCAGGGGACCCAGGAGAGGCAGGUAGAGAGGGCAGCCGAGGUAAAAGAGGGAAGAAUGGCUCCCCAGGAUCUCCUGGAACUCGAGGACUGCCAGGACCUCAUGGUAUUCCUGGCAUACCUGGAGAAAAAGGAGAAAAGGGUGACAGUAUACCAGGUGAACCUGGUGAGAGAGGCGUAGUUGGCCUCCCAGGUAAAAGGGGUGACAAGGGCUCUCCAGGUGUCAAAGGAGCUCCUGGGCCCAUAGGUCCUAGAGGACUGAGUGGGAGCAAAGGUGAAAAGGGAGAUCGUGGAUCACCUGGAGUCAAAGGAGAAAGGGGCAGUGUGCUUCAAAUCCAAGGACCUCGUGGCUAUAAGGGUUCCAAAGGACAGCCAGGUGAGCGAGGUUCACCUGGCUUUGACGGGGAUAAAGGAGAAAAAGGCGAGGAUGGUCCUCCUGGGGUCAAGGGUGUAAAAGGUAAUGUGGGUACAAAAGGUGCAAUGGGAAGGUUUGGAGCACGGGGCCCGGUAGGACAAAAAGGAGAUCCAGGAGAUCCUGGAGUCAAUGGAGUGAUGGGUCGCAAUGGGGCUGAUGGGCUGGAUGGAGCCAAAGGGGAUAAAGGAGACAAUGGACUCCAAGGACAACAGGGUAAUCAGGGUGAUCCAGGAGAACCUGGCUUACCAGGAGAAAAAGGGGAGAAGGGGGAGAAGGGUUUCCGAGGUUUUCCUGGGCGCACUGGGAGCCCUGGCCUGAAUGGAGAAAAGGGAGAUAUGGGGUUACCUGGCACCCCGGGCAUACCUGGACUGAAUGGGGUCACGGGCCGCAAGGGAGACAAGGGAGAAGGGGGGAUCAAUGGUGUUGAUGGUGAUCCUGGAGUAAAAGGGGAAAAGGGUGCAGCAGGUUUUCCAGGUUUCCCAGGUUUCAAGGGGUCAGCAGGAAGUCCAGGAAGGGACGGUGAUACGGGACCACCGGGACCGCCAGGGCCUCAGGGAGACAAAGGGCCUAAGGGGGAGAGGGGUAGAAGAGGCAGAUCAAAGAAGUGUCAGAGUGGAGCACCAGGGACACCAGGACACAGAGGACAAAAUGGUAAAGUUGGUAUUGAAGGAGCAAAAGGGGAUAAAGGAGAGCCUGGACUCUCAGCCGAAGAAGUAAAGGAGCUAGUCAACCAGGAGGUGGUAGAAAAGUGCGGAUUGGAAUACAAGUUCAUGGUAAAAUCUGUUGACCCAGAUGCAACAGCUGCAGUGACUAAGAAUGAAAAUGACCAAAAAGACGUUGUGAAAUCUAUCACCCAUGACCUCCAUGAACAAAGUAUGGAAGAAAACAUGGCAGACAACAUGGGAGAAGGGCACCCACAAAACCAGACUGAUUCUCAUGAUGGAGGGACUGUGGAGUGGGGACAGAGGAAGAAGAGAAGGGUAUAUGGAAGAAACACAGCAAUAACAGACCGCUGCCUGGAGCCGAUGUCAGAAGGGGCCUGUUCAGACUAUUCUCUGGUCUGGUACUUCCACGCCCGAUCGGGGGAAUGCAGACCGUUUGUUUACGGGGGCUGUGGUGGCAACCAAAACAGAUUCUCCUCCAGACAUGAGUGCGAGAGAUGGUGUGAGACGGAGAGUCGAGUUGUGGGGGGACCAGUAAGAUCACGCAGGGAAUAAUCCUUCAAACAGUUAAUCCAGUGACUGAAAAAAAAUCCUGCUUUGAAGAGAUUUUUGGUUAUACAAUAUGAAUGUGCGGAUACUAUAGAUGCUAUAAAAAAAUGCACACCUCCACAGCUGCAAAACCUUGGAAACGGAGCCAGCAACCCCCAAACAAGAUGCUUAAUUUUGUACAUAACUGUGUAAAAUGUUAUUGUGUUUGCAUUUUGCAUUGCUUUUAUUUAUAUAUUUUAACAGCUGUUUUGCAAUUUGUUAUAUAUGGAUAAUGUGAUGCGAUUUAGUCUAAAUGUGAAUGAUUUUCUUCUUAAUUUCACAUAACAUCUGCACAUGUAAGUACAUUGUCUUGCAGCUGUGUUACUAAAAUAGACUGACAUUGACAGAGAUUUUGAAUGUAAACGUGCCAAAAAUAAACACUACUGAAAAAAAAACCCUCUUAAAUCCAUCUUUACAUUCACGAUUUGUCUUUUUAACGCCAGCCUCUUUCAUUUUCCAGCUCGCUGUAGCGUAUCCCUUUAUAUAACUGUCACCUUUCUUAUGUUUUGUCAAUCGCCCUACAUCCUGUGUGGUGCAGAAAUGAGAAGCUGAUAGCUGACUGCCUGCUGACUCCUCCACCACUACAUAUGUUUCUUUGGCAGGGGGUGUUAUGGGUCAGGCUGAGAGCCAGAUGAGGGGCCAACAGGGGCCCAGUGUGGGAGCUCACGCAGGGGCUGUUUUAGAGGACUCUCCAUCAGACCGACUCAGCAGUAGCUGGGGAUUCCUGUGUGGGUGUUGAUGAGGGGGCAGCACGCAUUGAAGUUUUUUGGUGGUUGUUUUUUUCUCUUCUGGCAGUGUGACAGAUAAAAAUACACGACACAUUUUAGGCUCUCAAGUUGCCAGGUUGUUGCUCCUCGGUUCUUUCAUAUCUCUAAUCUGUUUUUCAGGUUGGUUUGUAAAAAUAGUGUUUUUCGAGUUGACAGAGGAGACAAGCCCCAAGAGGCUUCCUUCAUAUUAGUCACGAUUCUAUACUCUGAUGUACACCCACACGCAAAGAUGCUUGAUAUGUCUACUUGAUAUUUUUAGACAUAAAGAAAUCUCAUUAUAAAAUUAAAAAUAUUUAAUUUA